CAAAAAGAAUAAAUUUCCGAAAUACAGUCGAGGAUGGUGCGACGGAGGAGUGUGGCACGUGGAUUGGCCAAUCAGCUGGAGUUGGAGCUGAUGACGUCAUCGCCGUCGGUGGCACAAUAUGCCGCCUGGUUGCAAGCCUCCACGCCGCAUGUGGCAAGCAACUAUCAACUGUUGCAGUGGCAGCAACAGCAGCAACAGUCGCAGCCAUUGAUGGGCAGACUGUGCAACAAGAUGGUCGGUUGCAUGCCACGUCUGCCGACCUUGCCACAACCGGAGGUCAGCAGUCGCAAGUUGAGUCGCUUGCGUCGCGGUGUCAUGAGCUGGCCACCAGAGGUAAUACACGUGCCACACGUGCCACAUGUGCCACACAUGCCACAACGGCCCUGUCAGUUGGCACAGUCGCAGUCUGUGACGCUGCCACAUUGGUGUCGUGCCACGGACGCGCCACAGCGUGGCAGACAACGUGGUCAUGUGGCAAGAACAGUGGAGACUCGACAAUCAGCUGACAAUCAGCUGAAGCGGCAGCAACAAAUGCAAAUGUGGCAGCGGCAACAGUGGCUGGUCACACAAAAAAACAAUUUUCAACCUUUUAAUUUUGGAAAAUGCGCGGAGAGUUUUCUGAAAUUUAAGCAAUCUGAUUCUAACCUAUUUGCUGCCACAAAUGUUGCAAGUAGCAUGCUGCCAGUGAGCAUAUUGAAAAAUUCCAACAAGACACCGCUGGAACAUUGCGAGAAUUUCAGUUAUGUGAAGGUGGCAAAGCAGAUGAUGCAACCUGCCACAGAUUCCCUUGAGAUGAAGAAGAAGCAGCAGCUGCAACAGCGUUCGGUGAGCUUAGAUAAGAAAUUGUUGUCGUGCAGCAACGAAACGAGCACAACAACAUUAACUAACACUCCCAACGAGGCACUAACAGUUGGUUGCCACACAGCGGAAGAAUCCAAUCAGACUGCGCAGGCGCAGACAACUUCCAAUCAGAUACAUUUACGAGCCUCCGAAGAGAGUUUGAAUCAGCUUGCCACAGAUAUUGACUUGAAUUUGACUGCGAUACGGCAACUCCUGGAGUUGCAACUGCCAGAAAAUGGUGCAACACAAAUAAAUGCCAAGAAACUCAACAAUCUGGCAACCUUGUUGCAGCAACGCAUUGGCGUGAACUGCCAGACAGGAAUUCAUCUCAAAGGCGGUGAAUCACAGGAAUCGGCAACUGAAGCCAAAACGGAACUGGAGUCGGAGUCAGUUGGAACUAUUAAAAGUUCAUAUGAACCUCAAGCUCAUAUGAAUUCAGCUGAAACAUCCAAAUGUUCACUCGAACGACCACUUCAAACGGAAUCAGCAACUUUCAGAAGUUCAAUUGAACGCGAAGCUCAAACGGAAUCAGUUGGAACUGCAAUAAAUUCACAUCAAACCCAAGUGGAGUUGAAAAGUUCACAGGAACGACAUGUUCAAACGGAACCAGUUGCAUCUGUCAGAAACUCACUUGAACAAUUAGCUAAAACGGAAUCAAUUGCAGCAAUAAAAAAUUCAUUUGAACCACUAACCCAGAAAAAAUCAGUUGCAACCAGAAAAACUUCACCUAAACAAAAUCCCCAAACGGAAUCAGUUGGAUCUGUAAAAAGUUCACAUGAACGACAAUUGAAUCUGAACAAAUUGUUUCAGGCGGGGAAUUUGCCGGGCGGCGAGUCGAAUCCCAUGUGGGAGACUCUCAUGCAGCUGGCGGCGCACAUGUGUGAGAACAAGGAUGAGAGCAGAGAGAAGCCGCCAAAGCAAUACUCAAUAUAUUUGAUGGUUAGUUCCGAUGAUGAAAACGAUACGGAAACGGAGGCAAGAGAUGCACAGCAAAUUCGGCAAUUGUCUGAUUUAAUGCAGCAGGAAAAUAAUAACUAUUCUGCAUGCAUCCCUGGUAGUUUGACCUAUAAAAUGCCCGAAAAUUUCUCAGAACCGACGGGCAAUUUUUAUCAAUUUCCAGAAGUGCGCAAAAAGAAGAAGAGAAAUUUAUACCGUAAGAGAAGUGAUGAAGACGACAUCUUGAAUCCAUCGCUGCCACAGAGAAAACCGUUACACUGGCCCAAACAGGACUUUUCCAAGGCUUCCACCAAGAAGAACAAAAAGUUAUUGAAUUCCUCUUGCAAAUUCAGCUGUUUUACAAAUCCUCAAUCUCUCCGAAAGUGCCAAUAUCGCUGGUCCUAGUCGUAUCCCUCUUUGAAGUCCCCUUUCAUGGAUUGCUCAUAAUAACAGACCCUCGAUAAGGCUGUAAUCCCAGAACUUUAUCGAAGGUCUGUACUUAUUUGCUAUUCAUGUAGGAAACUUUAAAAAAAAUGUUGUUCAAAAUUGUUCAAGUAUGUGUCGCAAAUUGUAAUACAAGUUGAAAAAGCUACAAAAAUAAAGUUGGAUAUCGAUUUCAAGUUAA